AUGAAUGAGGACUCAAAAACCCACAAGAUGAACAUACAAAAACAAGGAAUUCAAUGGAUCAAGAUGAACUCAAAGAUCCGAGCAUCCAUGAUCAAAUCUCCCCUAAAUUCAACAUUUCGUUGUUUUUCUACUUCAUCUAAAUUCAAUGCUCUAUCCGUUUCUUCAUUCUAUGAUUUAAAGGCAAAAGAUAUUGAUGGAAAGAUCAUUGACUUUUCAACCUUUAAGAAAAAAGUUUGUCUUGUGGUCAAUAUCAAUGAGGAUGAAUUGAUCAGAAUGAGUAAACUCGGACACAUGACUCAUCCGACCGAAUAUAAACAAUUAAUGGAAUUACGCCUUUUGAAUGAAAAGUAUGGUAAAAAAGACUUGUCCAUUUUAGCAUUUCCAACGUGUGAAAAAGAGGUGACUCACGAACAUUCUCCACCUCAAUACAAUGUCAAUUCCAUUGUGAAGGAUCCAAAACAAGCUGAACAAGAUAUUAAGCAAGCGAUUCAUGACACUUUCAAAGUCAUGGCUCCCAUUCACUUGAAUAAUUCUCAUCAAGAAAAUGAAGUAUUUGCAUUCUUAAAAGAAAAAGCAGAAGAAUUGGAAAAGAAAAUUGCAAGACAUCCUGAACUAUUGGAAGGAGAAGAUAUUUCAGUGAUUCAAAUGUUCACCAAAUUUUUAGUGAAUCGAAGAGGACAAGUGGUCGCAAGAUUUGGAAAGGAUGUAGAGCCUGAACAAAUGCAAGUUUGGAUUGAGCAAUUACUUGCUGAAAAAGUUUAA